GGUUCUGCGUAGGCCGUGGCCAGCAUUGCAAUGGUCCGGCGGAUGAGUGCGGCGUAUGCGGCUGCAAGCCGCCAAGGCUGGAUGGUCGUCAAUUUCCCUGCGCACACCCAAGCAGUACACAUACCGCAUUGCCAGCUUCAGCCGUGCUAGCCGGUGGCAAGAGGCGCUGGAGUUGGCCGCCUUCGUCCGACGUAACUCUCUGCAGCACGUGUUGGACGUGCAGUCCUUCGGCGCCGAGCUUUUGGCCUACACCAAAGCUUCCAGGUGGACAGCAGCCCUCACCGUCGUCGGCGAGAUGAGCGUGAUGAGAGUCACCAUGAACACGAUUACGUGGAAUGAAGUCCUCAGUGCCAUGGUGACCUCACGGGAGUGGAGGCGGGCUUGCCAACUACUUGCCGACGUGGAGGCGUUACAUCCCGAUCAUGUCUCUAUAGCACUUUACAACAACGUGAUGGCGGGGCUUGGCGCCCAAUGGCAGCAGGCAUUGGACGUUUUCCGCUCCGGGCUGCGGACGCGUGCGCCAAGCGUGGUAACGAUCAACACCCUCAUUACUGCCUGUGCAAACGGAGGCGCUUGGAUGCAGGCGCUUCGGCUCUUCGAGAGCUUUCCUGCAUGGCGCUUGCAAGGCGACACCACCUCAUUGAACAGCGCCCUCUCGGCGUGCCGCAACGCCUCACGCUGGGAGCUGGUCCUGGCCUUGCACGAGGCGGAGGUGCAGAGUGGAUCGCAUGGAUCGCCCGAUGUCAUCAGCUUCAACAUCACCGCCGAUGCUUUGGGCGCAGCGCAGUGGCGAAAAGCGCUCGGCCUGCUGAAGGAAAUGCGGAAGUGGCGAAUUGCUGCCAGCACAGCGACCUUCAACACCUUGAUGACAGCGUGCGAAGAAGCGCAAAAGUGGCAACAAGCCUUCUUCCUCUUCGGCAAGAUGCCUGAAUAUAGCCUGGAGGCGGAUGCCACGUCUGUCGGCGUGUUGCUCUCGGCGUGUUGCUCCCGCCAGAGCUGGCAGCUCGCCCUCCGCAUCUUCGGCGCCGCCGAGCGCAGCGUCGCGCUUUGCAACGCCGCCCUGGGCGCCUGCGCCGCGGGUCAGCAGUGGGAGGUUGCGAUCGAGUUGCUCAAGACCGGGCCCCGCGACAUGCUGAGCUUCGGGACGGCCUGCGAGGCGUUGUCAGGAUGGCAGCAGAUGCUGGCUCUGCUCGCCUGGCUGCGCAGAGAUGGGCAGACGCCUAACUCAGUGUUGCGCAGCUCAGCGCUCAGCGCGUUUGAAGGUGCCCAGCAAGCACCGCGAAGCUUCGCGGCAGCGACCCCCGUGCCGACGGAAGAUCUCAAGCGGAGUCUUCCGCAAAUGGACACGCACUUGCGCCAAGCGCUCCUGGCGGUGAGUCAACGCCGCAAGCUUCCAGCAAUCAAACUGAUGUUUGGCACUGUGCCAGCACCCGAGAUGCGUGAGG